UUUAACGCCCUCCUUUUCCCUCCUUAAUUUUGUAGCCGUCUUUCUCACUCUACCUGUCCUUCUCUCUCUAGAAUCCUCCAUUGUUGCCCAACAGACUGGCGCUUCUCUGUCACCUAAAUUCUCUCGGAAAAAUUCUCUGCUCUUCGCAUUCACUGUCACUCCGGAUUCUGGAAGAUUCUUCGCCGUCUCUUUUCCGGGAAAGAAAAGUCGGAGGUGAUUUCUGUAGAGAAUUCUUGAAAUUAUAUAUAUGCAUUGGGAAGUAAGGGAUUGGUAUAGAUGUCUUUCAAUCAAUCAAGGCGUGAUAUGAAUGAGGAGUCUCAAUUUAAGAAAUCUGUGCGAUCAUCGAGCUUGAAUCAGCAGAGAAACUCUAGCGGACUUCAUUCUAAGUCGGGUGAUUCCGGCAGGUGUGCGCCGCCGAUCGUCUCCAACCAUAGUUUUAAGCAGUCUAGCGGCGCACAACAUGCACGGAAAUCUAGGGCUGGAGUAUCUUCUAUAAAUUCUACCGUUUCUACUGCCCCUCGUGGAGGACAAAACGGUUCUCAUGUUCAUCCGCAACAGAAUGGUUCAGCGUCCAAUCCAGCAAAAUUGACUGAAUCCCAGAGCGCGAUUGUUAGAAAAAAUGCAACUUCUCAAACGACCUCAAAAACUUCUAAUGCAUUUUCAGAAUUAUUUUUCUUUCAUGUUCUAGACUGGGGAGAAGAGCAUAAAACAUUUUCACUUCAAUUUGGAUCCUUAAGUCCUGGUUUUCGGAUUCCUAGGACCAGCUCAGCUCCUUCAAGUCCGGAAGAACUGAUACCGAAUCAGGCACAACACUAUUUGUUUAAAUCUGUACCUCCAGGGUCUGUGCAACCAAUAGCAAAAAGUCCUAAUAUUGGAAAGCCCGUACGAAUUUCAGAAUCAAAUGCUGCCGAGAGAGGAGGCUCGUCUACUUCAAAUGAAGUUUCCCGUGCAGAGUUUAGUGUUGAACGUUCAAGUUCUUAUGCAGAAGUUAGUAAUUGCAAUUCAGACUCGAAAACACUGGAGAAAUGGGAUGAACCUGUUAGUUCUCAUGCAGAAGUUGACAGUUCAAAGGACAAUAACGUUCUUUCUAACUCCAUAACUCAUGGAAAUAAGACUUCACUUAUUGUUGCAUCAUCUUGUCAAAGCAAUGGUGACAAAAAUACCGAAAUGCCCCGAGCUGAUCUGCAGUCUGCUCCUGUUCAAACGUCUGAACUCUCAAAGAUGAAGCAUGAAGGAGAUAGAUUAGAGCACACAGGUUUUCAGUGUGAUCCUAACUUUAUACCGGUUGUUGAGGAUAAACCUGUUACGGAUACAAAUAAGACGAGGAAUAGGUCUAAAAGAGGGAAGAAGAAGAGAAAGGAAAUUCUUCGUAAGGCAGAUGCUGAAGAGAAGAAAGAGAUUGUCAUGUCUGCAGAAAGUUCCAAUGGGAGCUUAAAUAUGAAACAGGAGUCUGCUGGUUCCAUUAAGGAUGAGGCUGUCUUGACCAAGAAGAAUGUUGAGGGUAAACUCGAGCUAGAUGAUUGGGAAGAUGCAGUUGAUGUUUCUACUGUUAAAUUGAAAGAUGAGGAUUUUAAAGACGAGGCCAAAGGAAAAGUAGCACUGCACCACGAGGGUGGGGGUGGAGAUAUGGCCAAAAAGUACUCCAGAGAUUUCCUCUUAAAAUUUGCAGAGCAGUUCAUUGACCUUCCUGAUGGAUUCGAAACCACUCCCAACACGAAGGCUUUAAUGAGUAUUAACCACGGUUCUUGCUCUGUUAACAGUAAGACAUUUGCUAAUCUUGAAAUAAUGGAUAAGCCAAGUGGAGGGGCUCGACUAGACCAUCAUGCUAUUACUGUUGAUGACAGACUAUUUGCUUCAGUGCGGGAUUCACACCUGGAUAGCGGUCGACCUACGCAAUGGACUAUCAAUGGCGCUUUAAAGAAUCCGAGGGCACAUAUUGGCUCUCAGGGAAAGAUUCAGAGAAAUGACUCAAAUGCUGAUAGGUGGCAAAGAGAUACUAAUUUUCAUCUGAAAGGUUUAGUUUCUCCUCCAACACCAUUACAGAUGAUGCACAGAGCCGAGAAGAAGUAUGAAGUGGGUAAAGUGGCUGACGAGGAAGAGACCAAACAAAGGCAGCUGAAGGCUAUACUAAACAAGCUAACUCCACAAAAUUUUGAAAAACUAUUUGAACAAGUGAAAGCUGUUAAUAUUGAUAGUUCUAAGACACUAAUUGGCGUCAUCAAUCAGAUCUUUGACAAAGCUUUGAUGGAGCCUACUUUCUGUGAAAUGUACGCCGAUUUUUGUCUUCAUCUCGCUGAUGAGUUACCCGAUUUCAGCGAUGAUAAUCAGAAGAUUACCUUUAAGAGGUUGCUUUUAAACAAGUGCCAGGAGGAAUUUGAGAGAGAGCAGGAAGAAAAUGAUGAAGUCAACAAAGUCGGUGAGAUGAAACAGCCUGCAGAGGAACAAGAGGAGAAGAGAAUAAAGGCCCGCAGAAGAAUGCUAGGCAACAUCAGAUUAAUUGGAGAGCUUUACAAAAAGAAGAUGAUAACAGAGAAAAUCAUGCAUGUAUGCAUCAGGCAAUUGUUGGGUCAAAAUCAAAAUCCUGAUGAGGAAGAUAUUGAAGCACUGUGCAAAUUGAUGAGCACCAUAGGAGAUAUGAUAGAUCACCCCAAAGCUAAGGAGCACAUGGAUGCAUAUUUUGAGAUGAUCACUAAAUUAUCUAAGAACAUGAAGCUGUCAUCCAGGGUUAGAUUCUUGUUGAAGGAUACAAUUGAUUUGAGAAAGAAUAAAUGGCAACUUAGGAGAAAAGUUGAAGGGCCUAAAAAAAUUAAUGAAGUGCACCGGGAUGCCGUUCAAGAACGUCAAGCUCAAACUAGUAGAUUAGGCCGUGGUCCUAGAAUCAAUGCAUCACUGAGAGGAACAUCCAUGGAUUUUGGCUCUAGAGCGUCUGCACUAUUGCCUUCUCCUAAUGCUCAGGCUGGUGGUUUUCAUGGUUCGACACCCCUGGUUUGUGGUUCAAGCAUUCAAGACACUCGUUUUGAGGCCAAGGCAUUCCCAAGUCCAUUGCCCCGAAGACUUAUUAGUGAUGAUGCUAUGACUUUGGGUCCCCAGGAUCAUUUAGCUAGAGGAAUGUCCAUUAAAGGGCCACGAUCUGUUUCAUCCACUCCGUUACCGACUGGUAAUAACACACACAGAAUGACAGCUGCUUUAAGUUCCAUCUCCAAAGGAGACAUCCCUUCAAGAAAUUUGUCACAGGAACCUGGUAUUGCCAAUGGAUAUAAGCAAUUGGCAAACAUUGAUAGCAUCCUUGGAAGGUCUCAGUCAAUCAAAUGUGAACAGCCAGCUUCGACACCAAACGGUCAUUCUGAAGUUAUGUCCAAAGAACGUCUACGAGACAAGUCCAUAGCAGCGAUUAGGGAAUAUUACAGUGCUAGAGAUGAGAAAGAAGUUACUCUGUGCAUCAAGGACUUAAAUUCGCCUGGAUUUCAUUCAUCCAUGAUUUCUCUUUGGGUCACAGACUCAUUUGAGAGAGAAAACAAAGAAAGGGACCUUUUAGCUAAGCUUCUUGUUAGCCUCACCAAAUCACAGGAUGGUACAUUGACUCAACUCCAACUUGUCGAAGGAAUCCAACUUGUUCUUGCCACUCUGGAGGAUGCGGUCAACGACGCCCCAAAAGCUCCAGAAUUUAUGGGACGAUUACUGGCAAACAUGAUCUGGGAAAACUUGAUUCCAUUGAAAGAAAUUGGGAAGUUUAUACAUGAAGGUGGAGAGGAGGCUGGAAGUCUUUUGGAAGUUGGGCUUGCAGCUGAUGUUCUUGGAAACGUGCUGGAGGCAGUUCAAUUGGAGAAAGGUCAGAUUUUUGUGAAUGAAAUUCUUCAAAGUUCUAAUCUACAAUUGGAAACAUUUCGGCCUUCAUACCCAAUCAAACCAACAAAAUUAGAGAAAUUUAUUUAGUUUGCACAGAGAACUUUGUGAAAUCAAGAUAGAAGGAAUUCAUUAAUUUGUGAUUUUAGGUUCUUUCUUAAUUUUUUUCUUUCAAAAUGUUGUGAUUUUAGGUUAGUUAGUUACUUGGCUAUAGUAAGCUCAUGGGAAUUUUGUCAUCCAUUCUCAUUUUUCACAUCAAUUUUUUUUUACAAUAGUAGCAACAGUUUUGUGUUCUUCA